CUACACACAUGAUGACGGGAAGGCAACGUGCACGAGUGUUUCUUGUGCUGUGUCAUUUUAGAUUCUCCCGCCAAAUUACAGUGUCAUUUGAUCGAACAUACCUUCAAAAAAUCAGAAUACAAAUGUAGCGCAUGUGGGCGUGACUUUAAAUCCGCUAUGGAUAUCCAAGCGCAUGCGCUAGAGCACGGCGUCACAGCCAGGCGAUUUGCCUGCAACCAAUGUACUCAAAGGUUUUUCUUCAGUGCGGAGCUAGAAAACCACAAGUAUUUGCAUAAAAUGAAAUCUGAUCAAAUGGGAAGAGCAAAUUCGUCUACAAACAAAUCUCUUACUAUUCAGCCGUUAAACACAAAUACGCUUGAUUACCUUUCUACAAGUCCAGCAUCUUCUCCAAUGGAGCACAUCUCUAGUAAAGUAAGUCACCACUCGAAAGCAAAUUCCGACGACGGGUUUCAUUGUUCCAAAUGUGAGGCAAAGUUUUCAGAUGUAUUUGAACUAGCAAGUCAUUUACAAGGAAUUCCACAAUGAUUUGGAGAAGAAAACACACAAAUGUCCGACAUGUCCCGAAUGGUUUGGUACCGUGGUACAGCUGCAGGCCCACUUCUUUGCUAGACAUGCGUCAAGAGAGCCGGACAAAAAACCCAAGUACUCUUGCAUGGAGUGUGGAAAAGAAUGUUCCUCUGAGCAUAAUCUUUUAACCCAUAUGAAUACACAUAGGAAAGGAAGCAAGAUAACUUGUCCAACAUGUACGAGGUCAUUUACAUCAUCCAGUGGGCUGUCAGCACACAUGGCCGGACUCUGUGGUCAGAAACAAAGCCACGAGUGUCCAGUUUGCCAUAAAACGUUUACAAAGAAGAGUAAUAAAAUGGAGCACAUGAAAACUCAUAGUGGUGAUAAGAUAUACCCGUGCACAUCGUGCGGUAAAUUGUUCUCAGGAAGAGCAACUCUGGACGAACACAUGAAAAUACACCAGGAAGUAACAAUUGAAGAUGAUCAGCAGGCGGAGUCAAGGAGUGGAACAAGUGAGGAAACUCCUCCCUCUCUUGGCAAUGCCAGUGAUGAGGAUGACUCCUCCCACAACAUCUCAGACGUCGAGAAAGACUGUAUGAAACAGGAAGUGACCAGCACGAGCAAUAUAGCAGAAGAUUCAAACGAAGCUAAAUGAAACUUUCAAAUGGCUGACAUUUAUUCAGUUGGCUUUGUGUUAAGGACUUUUCCUGCUUUUAACGACUCUUUGGUAUUUUAAAGUGGUUUAAGUUUAAGAAGCCAACAAGUUAAAACCAGCUUCGUACGAUGACUCAUUCAGGGUAACAAACACGUGUUUUACCUUAGAACUCUUACAUGUGCAGUACAUAUUGUACUGACUAAACAUAAGGACGUUCCUGUAUAUAAUCUCAAAAUUAAAAGAAAUAUACUUUACCUGUAAUGCAUUCCUAAAGAUCUGACAAAUUUUGACUGGCUCCUUUCAUAUGACGUUUGUGAUGUAAAGGAACUUUAUUGACAAAGUCUAAAGUGUUUACUUGUGUUGCUGGCGACGAGUGAAUCUAUCCAUGCGACAUGGGCUUUACAAGGUACGCCGGUAUACUCAUGCUGUCUGAUCAUGGUCUGAACUGUUGGCUAUUCAUUCAGUGAAUAUUUGUCCUAAAAAGGAAAAAGGAGAUGAAUUGUUUUGUCCAGAUUAAAAGAUGGAUAAGUCCAUGUAAGGUAUUCCCUUUACACAUUUGUAACACCAGUUAGCCACUUACAAAUGCGAUUUCCAUUCGUAACAGGUGUUUCAGAUGUGGUCCGUUACGAAUGUGGUCCAACAAUGCUUCCUGGCCAUAUUCUGCAUUGUUUGCUAUUAAGUCAGUACAUAUUUUGACAUUUUCCCAAAAAGGUGAUGAAUGUUUUUUUCCAGAAGUCCAUUUAAGACAAUAGUUAGCCUUGUAAGUCUUAAUUUUCUUCUCAAGGGGAGACUUAAUCUUUUCGUUAGAGACAUUUAUAGUAUUAAAAAUGGCAAUUUGAUGCAUGUUAAAAAUAACUAUACAAUUAACUAAUUUAUAUUCAGACUUUGUGAACAAUGUUGUUUUGAAUUCAUUUAAUUGUUUCUUGUUUCACAAGUCUGUUAUUUAAGUCUGUAGAUGUUAUCCUUUUGUUUUGUUUCUUGUUUAAUUAAUGUAACACAUGGUCAAGAAGUGCUUUGGGUACUAAUUUAAGUAAAAUAUUGACGUAUCAAAUCACGUGCCAUCUUGUCAUUGUUGUAAAGUAUUGACUGUACAUUCCUUCAUGUUGAACUGUUUAUGUAGUUUAUA